UUCAGUUGAGCAGUGGAAAGAUUAACAUUUUGAUACACACACCGUUUUUCGUUCCGUGUUUGUGUUCCGAUAAGGCUUUGCAUAAUUCAAUCUUCUUACCUACUACUGGUCAGCAACAUACACACACACACACCCGUUUUUUACUCUCAAUAAGGCGCCAUCGGUUGAGGCGGUGAAUCGGUUGUGUUAUUUCGUUACUGGUACCUACUCAUCUUCCCUCCCCGGAUGCUCCAGCUGCACACGGCACGGUAGAGCGCGUUGCUGAGAACGGACACGGUGAUACUACCCAAGUCAGGAGGGCAAUGAUGUGAGAUGUGAGUGGUGCACGGUAGUAAACGAAGGCCCAGAAGACCAACCAGCCAGCAGCAUUCAAAGUGUGUUAACGCGUUCGGACGCACGGCCCCCCCCACCCGGUGCCUGCUACUCGUGUACUCGUGAACCGAAACCCAUCUAUCAAACGGACGAAACCGUGCGGCCUGUCGCGGCCUCCUACAUCCAACACCAUGUUUGUGAACCAGCGUACCCGCCGACCAUACAUGAGCGUGUUUGUGCUGGUGCUGGGAGCGGCUGUGAUAUGUCCCGCGUACGGUAUCAUCGAUCGGCUGGUGGUGCAAACCAGCAGCGGCCCGAUACGGGGCCGCUCGACCAUGGUGCAGGGGCGCGAGGUGCACGUGUUUAACGGUGUCCCGUUCGCGAAACCGCCGGUGGAUAGCUUACGGUUUAAGAAGCCUGUCCCAGCGGAACCAUGGCACGGGGUGCUGGAUGCAACCCGACUACCUCCAUCAUGCAUACAGGAACGAUAUGAGUAUUUCCCUGGCUUCGCUGGCGAAGAGAUGUGGAACCCUAACACGAACGUAUCGGAGGACUGUCUGUAUCUGAACAUAUGGGUGCCAACGAAAACGCGCCUACGUCAUGGUAGAGGUCUUAACUUUGGCAGCAACGAUUAUUUCCAGGACGAUGACGAUUUUCAGCGCCAGCAUCAGUCCAAGGGUGGGCUGGCAAUGCUUGUUUGGAUCUAUGGCGGUGGUUUCAUGAGCGGCACCUCGACGCUCGACAUCUACAACGCCGAAAUACUGGCCGCGGUAGGAAAUGUGAUCGUCGCGUCGAUGCAGUACCGUGUCGGUGCGUUUGGCUUUCUGUACCUCGCGCCGUACAUUAACGGCUACGAGGAAGAUGCACCAGGUAACAUGGGCAUGUGGGAUCAAGCGCUCGCCAUACGGUGGCUGAAGGAAAAUGCGAAAGCGUUCGGCGGUGAUCCGGAUCUGAUUACGCUGUUCGGUGAGUCGGCCGGUGGCAGCUCGGUCAGCCUGCAUCUGCUGUCUCCGGUAACGCGCGGACUGUCGAAACGGGGCAUCCUGCAGUCGGGCACACUGAACGCACCGUGGAGCCAUAUGACCGCGGAGAAGGCGCUCCAGAUCGCGGAAGGGCUGAUCGAUGAUUGCAACUGUAAUCUGACAAUGCUUAAGGAAUCGCCGAGCACGGUGAUGCAGUGCAUGCGAAACGUGGACGCAAAAACCAUCUCGGUCCAGCAGUGGAACUCCUACUCGGGCAUAUUGGGCUUCCCGUCCGCACCGACCAUUGACGGUGUGUUUAUGACCGCCGAUCCGAUGACGAUGUUGCGUGAAGCCAAUUUGGAAGGAAUUGAUAUACUCGUCGGUAGCAACCGGGACGAAGGAACAUAUUUUCUGUUGUACGAUUUUAUUGACUAUUUUGAAAAGGAUGCGGCAACCUCAUUGCCGAGAGAUAAGUUUUUGGAAAUUAUGAACACCAUCUUCAACAAAGCAUCCGAGCCGGAACGUGAGGCUAUUAUCUUCCAGUACACGGGCUGGGAAAGUGGUAACGAUGGGUAUCAGAAUCAGCAUCAGGUUGGCCGUGCGGUUGGCGAUCACUUCUUCAUCUGUCCAACGAACGAGUUUGCCCUCGGGCUGACGGAGCGUGGUGCCUCGGUGCACUAUUACUACUUUACACAUCGUACCAGCACAUCGCUUUGGGGUGAAUGGAUGGGCGUACUGCAUGGCGAUGAGGUCGAGUAUAUAUUCGGCCAACCGAUGAAUGCCUCGCUGCAGUACCGCCAGCGGGAGCGGGAUUUGAGCAGACGCAUGGUGCUAUCUGUUAGUGAAUUUGCACGGACCGGCAAUCCUGCCCUGGAAGGUGAACAUUGGCCGCUGUACACUCGAGAGAAUCCCAUCUUUUUCAUCUUCAACGCCGAAGGUGAGGAUGAUCUGCGGGGCGAAAAGUAUGGCCGUGGACCGAUGGCAACGUCGUGCGCGUUUUGGAACGACUUUCUACCGAGACUACGUGCUUGGUCAGUACCGUCGAAAAGUCCUUGCAACCUGCUCGAGCAAAUGUCGAUAGCCAGCGUGUCCAGUACCAUGCCUAUCGUUGUGAUGGUGGUGUUGGUGUUGAUUCCGCUGUGUGCGGUGGUGGUGGGCAAUUAAAUGGUUGAAACACGGGCGUUCAUGCACUAGUUCAUAGGCACCCCGGCCCGCCCCACGGUGAUGGAUUGCUAAUCUACUCAUGCUUACGUAGGGAUGUAUACAUCCGAUCGUGUACUAAAGCAUCGUUGGUUUUUCACGGAUGGUGUAUUAUCGAAUUUCAAGGAGCUUUUCUGGUGAAGCGCAGGCGCUUUUCAUCAUCGUCCACAUCGCGAUUGGGGAUGCGGAACGUUUUUUUUUUCAUAUAUUUUUUGUUUUUGUACACGAAAAACUAAAAACAUAUCAAAUACCAAAAACCAAACCAAAGGCGAAACCAACACACACACACACAACAGACGAAGAUACGAAGUAGUGGUAAACGAGGAAGGAAGAAAAGAAGACACACACACACAAGCAACAUCGCCACAGUUACGUUACCAAAGGACUGGAUCCUGUGAUCUUUCUCUUGAGGUAUAUGUUAUAAUGGUGCCCUAACAAAAAAGAAGCAAAAACCUCUGUCACAAAUACAUAUCACGUGCUUGAAGACUUAUGAAAUAUUGCUGUGUAGCUAUAUAUUAGUGAAUAAUGUGAAACCAAAUACUAAUAAGUGUACAUUUGUAAGCCGCCGUCGUGUGUGUGUGUGCGCGCGAUGGUUACAGUGAAGUUUUAAAGACGGUUAAAGUUAAGCGAGCACUGCAAAAGCACUGUAGAUUGCAACCAGCCGCCCACCUCCCCCCCCCCUCCACAUUUUUGUCUGUUUUUAAAAUCUACCGUACCGCCUCUCUCACACGUGAUAAUAUGAGUUGUACUGCUUAGUGUGGUUUCGGUUACAGCAAACAAAAAGUAGAAGAAAAGUCUUGUUAUCUAAGCGCCCAUUUUAGAUGUUACCUUAGAUAUUACGGCCACGAUAGGUACGAAUGAUAUCAUUUCGGGAGGGCUUGUUUCAGAAGGAAGGAAGCAGCAAAAAAAAAAAAAAACCAAUUGCAUAUACUAUGGGAAACCAAAGAAGCGCAACGCAGUAAUGUAACGCGCUUCAUCUGUUUUAGAUGCUCAGAAAAAGCAACAACCAACAAACAAACCCUCCCCCUACUAUUUAAUAUAAAUAUGAAACACAAAAAAACAAACAAAACCAAAACAUAUCAUUGCUACAAAAGCACACAAGGAAACGGCAAACCCAGCUGGAUAAACUUAGAUAUUAAUAUACAUUAUUAUGUAACAAAAAAAACCCCAACACCCAGCCCCGGUGGAAAACGAAACGAGUGGUGUGUAGUGGGCAAACAAAAUAGUGUUGUAAGGAAAUCUAACCUUUGUAAGCAAAGCUUUUUAUGAGAAUUGUAAAAUCACUUUUGAAACUACCAAAACACAACACAAGAAGAGUAGAGAAACGGAGGGGGGGAAAAAAAACAAAGAAAAUAUGUGUAUGGCGAUAUUUGUUAGUAUUGCUGCUGCUGUUAGUAAGCGUAUAUAUAUAUACAUACAUACAUAUAUAUUUGGUUGGGUUUAUAAUACUAACGGUCAAAAUAUACGCGAUGCGGUCUUAUGAUCAAAACAAAAAAAAAACAAAUUCAUCAUGUAUGUGAUUCAUAUCGUGUUUAGCAGAUUGAUGGUAGUGAAUGCAGGAUCGAGCAAAAGCAAAAAAAAGCCCACCCACACACACACACACACACACACCAGUACUCUAGUGCGUAGAGCAUGCAGUUUUCAAACACUAAAAGAUAAAACGGGGAAAAAAGCACGAUUGGAACAGGGACGGGGUGAGUCUCGGGGGAUGAAACAAGUGUCUACAUGUUUAGCACAAAGGGCAAUGUUCGAUAUCUAUCGUUACAAGUCUCGGUAAGCCAGCAGCAAAGCUAGGCAUGACCGUAAGAGACCGUUAAGCCAGGAAAACUAUGAGAAGAAGACGUAGAGUGUUUUGUUAUGCUCGCAUUUUGUUUUAAACAUGUAGGCACUUGUUUUAUACAAGAGAGCGAGAGAGAGAGAUGAUUUAAAAAAAAUUAAACGAAACACAGCAUACUUAUACUGCGAAGAACACAGAAGAGAAAAGGAACAACAAAUGCAACACACACACACACAAAAACAUAUCAGGUGCUUUAGUCGUUAUCAUAAUUAUAAAGGCCAGAAUGAAGACGUCAAGCAUAGUAAUCAGCACCAACUCACGGAUUGGUUUUUUUUUAUUUAAACAUGACACAUGUAGAAACUAAACCAAAAGUAACGCUUUUUAAACAAAAACAAAAAAAAACCCUGAAUACUGAUGCCGCGAGAGCCGUUCGCUAGCCAGUUCUAUUACCUCCGACUCCGGUUCGAAGUGUUCCGAGCGGCAAACAACCGCAAAGCAACUGUCAUUUUGAAUUGUUCAAUUGAUUCAUUGAUAAAGAGGCUCCAGUUUAAUGAAUCGAUCUGAUUAAUACAAAUGAUAAGAGGUGAGGAGAUAGCGUGCGCGUGGCAUGCGAGUACAUAUUAUUGUUUUUUUUUUUUAAAUUUAUUUUCAAACUAACUGCUGAGCCCUGCAACGUGAAUGGCUCAGUGAAUGGUUGUAGAAACUUUACACAUACAACUAUCCGUGCUAAGUUUACCACAAACGUAUACAAUAGGGGCACGCAGCACAGAAAUGGCAGCCUGCUAUAGGUGGUUGUAGGUGGUGUUUUGGGUAAUUUGGUGAUUAGCGGUAGUGAGACUACAGAGAGCAAAAAAAAAAAAAAAACAGUUAAAGGCACGAACGUAAACAAUGCAAACCAACGCUUACUUGCAAACGUUAUUAACGCUGUGCGCGUGUGUGGCACUAAACUACUGGUGGCCUAGCCGUUAGAGUAACAAAAACCAGCACAGCACAUAGACCCUUGAGCUUAUCCACGUGGUGACCUGAAACGCGUUGACAAGUGCACAGUGUGAUGCAAACAACGCGAAUGUGUGCAACAGUUUUGACAGGUAUCUAGUAUCUAGUGACAGUUUGUCCGAUGACAACCCGUAUUCCACAACCACUAUUCGAUUAGUAUAUUUUCUGUUAACAUAUUAAACCAAUCUAAAGGGGGAACUACUGGCUAGUGUGAGGCAGUGACAACGUUAAACGGAAUUAAGAAUUGUACGCAAAAACACACACACACAUACACCUCACAUGUAACGUUUGUAGUAGAGGAUCAUAUUAAGUAGCUGUUAUACGUAGCUUAUCUAUGAUAGUACACACACACACACACCCAUAAAUACAAAACAAACACACACACACAGACAUGUGCGCAACUGACGAACACGAAGGUUUCGUUACACACACACACACGAAAGCUAACCACACAUCGGAAGUAAAUUGAUCUGGCAAGGGUACGGCUCUUAGCGUUAGUGUAUUGUGUAAGCAUAGGAACACCAUAUUUGUGAUUUGAAAAAAAAAAAACGGGGGUUUUCUUACCCAUCUUUGCGUUACAGUGUUGGUUGAGGUUUUAGAAAAAAGAAAAAGAGUGUGUUGUCAAUGUCAAAAUGUCUCGUCUAGUUUCAAUUCAUGGAGACACUGGAGGUAGGGGAUCUACGUAUGGGCAACAUUUUAUACACCCACCCACAAAUACACACUCACACCAAUACACUAGGUAUUCUUAAUACAAUCAGUUCCUUCAAGUGUUCUCGCUGAAUCAGUGUAGACUGUAACGCCAUAGUGAAUUGAGUUCACAGUUCUACCAUUUUCCCCGCACUACCAAACCAAUCGAUUGUCAAUGGUUUUUUUUUUUCGGACGUUGUGAGCAUUACGCAUCUCUUUUUCUUUUACGAUCCUAUACUGUGGGUUAACAUCCAAGUACGAUGGUUGAACUGGAGUGGCAAAAGUUUCAGUAUAUUGUUUUAAAAAGAUGGCGACACUUGCUUCUGGACCUAAGGUAUACCGUAGCCUUGAGAAAAUGGACUUGACCUGUCAUUUCCUUGGCCCUUGGCUGGACUCGAUGUCAAUCCAAUGUCAAUGUGACAGAUCUACCAUUCUCGGCCGACCAGACCGUCUGUUUAGGUUAUAAUUUUGUGUGUUGUGAUUGCACCUAAUUUAUCGCUUUUUUUUUAAGAUCGUGCGAAAGGAGCGCAAAAAAAAAUCGUUAGUAUAUGGGCGAAUGGGCGACGCGAAAACUAUGGAAGUAACAAUUUUAUCAUCUUAUUACAAAGGCCUUCUAGAGACAAAGAAUUACAACCUAUACAACUAAGCAACACGUUUUGUACAGUCAAACCUAGUACUGAGCGCUGCAGUAUUAUAAAGAAAACAUUAGCGUAACUGUCUACUUUGUAGAUACAAAUGAUUAGUAGUGUAUUGUUACGGGAAGGUAGAAACUAACAAACAAAAACACACACACACAAAAUGCUAGUAGAGUGGCUUUGCCAAUAAGGUGAGAACGCCGUCAUAACCCAAUAUGCAAAAAUGCUAGGUCUAUCUAGUGGAAUGUAGUUGCUGGACAUCAACACAUAUCAUAGUGGAAGUGUGGAAGCCAAAAUGGAGCUAGAUGGAAAAUAUUUGCGCAAUUUACUAAGAGCGCGUCCAGAACGAAACGGUAGGCAAACGAGCACGAUAAGCACAGGAAAUGUUGAGCGGAAAGGUUUGCUGUCUAGUAGGUAAAAAGCAGCCAUUUUCAACUCUUCACUCAUUUUUUUAUAAAUAGAUUUGUUUGCUUCCCCCAAUGUCAUCUAUUCAUUAUCUAUUCAAUUUUUUUUGGUAUGUUUCUUUGAGUGAACCCUAAAACCCUAACGUGCAUUUUUGUUGUACCAAGAAAGACUGAAUUUGGACUUGUAUUUGCAACCGAUACGUAUUAUUAAACCAGGGCCUAGACAAGCGAGCUCUUGGCUUAAGUAUUAGCUUUUGGUUUAAUGUUUUAAAACAUUGCCGGUAGAAUCAGUUUAGGUAGUAUGCUCUAUUUUCCUUUUUCGGGGUCUAGUUAGAAAAAAAAAACUUUGAACUUCAAACUUUAAGACCACAUACCUAUUUAAAUGCGCUACUACUGCGCAUCUCCCACAAUUCUAUUAAUUGACGGGAGAUUUACAAAAAGGAAGCAAAACAAAAACGCUGUGAAUUGCAACUAAAGGUCAAGAAAAACGCAAAGGUUUGACGUGUUACUGAUUACUUUUCAGUAGCCGACCUGUCACCUGGGACUCCAAAAAAAAAAAAAAAGAGUUUACUUAACACUAUAGAACCUUUAACAGCACCCACAGCAAGCGUACAGAAGGCCAUAUUUUGUUCUGUAUAAACUCGUAAUCAUUUUUCCUUUAAAAUUGGAUUCGUACCGUGUCCUUUGUUUGUUUUAUUAAGUACAAAAUGUAUGCAUUUUACACUGCAGACACUAACGCCACCUGGUGGUAAAUGGCAGGCAGCAGAAAUAGAGAAGAAAGAGAGAGAGAGAGAGAGAGGGAGAGAGAGAGAGAGAGCGGGGCUCCAAUGACAAUAAGAAUAAGCAAAUCGUUCUGGGUUUUAAUUUUAAUUUUUCCGUGUUUGAAAGUAUUUUUAACCUCCUGUCAAAUUAAAAGCCACCCGAAAAACCAGAUGGUUGCGCUGAUUGCUUGUGUGUGUGUAGCGUGUGCAUGAUACUUUAGACUGGUGUGAACAAAAAAAAAAAACAAAACCUCUAG